GCGGCCCCGGCAGUUCCCGGGACACGCGGGACGGGCGGCACAGGCGGCACAGGCAGACAUGGAGCGCGGCUUCCUGCCGCCCUUCCCGCACUUCGCCACCCGCGCCAUCCACGCCGGCCAGGACCCCGAGCAGUGGCGCUCCGGGGCCGUGGUGCCGCCCAUCUCUCUCUCCACCACCUUCAAGCAGCGGGCGCCCGGCGAGCAUGCGGGAUAUGAGUACAGCCGGUCUGGGAACCCGACCCGAGAUUGCCUGGAAAAGGCUGCGGCUGCCCUCGAUGGAGCCAAAUACGGUUUAGCUUAUUCUUCGGGCUUAGCAGCUCUUCUGAACAUCUGUCACCUGUUGAAGACAGGGGACACAGUUAUCUGCAUGGAUGAUGUCUAUGGAGGCACAAACAGAUACUUCAGGAAAAUCGCCUCAGAAAUUGGUUUGAAGGUAGUUUUUGUUGACUGCACAAAACCAAAAUGCCUGGAAGCUGCAAUUACACCACAGACCAAGCUGGUUUGGAUCGAGACCCCCACCAACCCCAUGCUGAAGGUCAUCGACAUCCGUGCCUGUGCUGAUGUGGUACAUAAACAUGGGGAUGUUCUCCUGGCAGUGGACAACAGCUUCAUGUCUUCCUAUUUCCAGCGUCCUCUGUCCCUGGGGGCUGAUAUUUGUAUGAGUUCUGCGACCAAAUACAUGAACGGGCACAGUGAUGUGGUAAUGGGGCUGGUCUCAGUGAACCGGGAUGAUCUCUAUGAGAGGCUCAAAUUCCUGCAGAACUCUCUCGGGGCCGUCCCGUCUGCCUUUGACUGCUACCUGUGCAACCGGGGGCUGAAGACGCUGCACAUCCGCAUGAAGCAGCACUUCCACAACGCCAUGGCCGUCGCCCGGUUCCUCGAGUCACAUUCCUGCGUGGAGAAGGUCAUUUUCCCAGGGCUGCCUUCCCACCCUCAGCAUGAGCUGACGAAGCGCCAGUGCACGGGCUGUCCUGGCAUGAUCACCUUCUACAUCAAAGGGAACCUCAAACAUGCUACUGCCUUCCUCAAGAGCCUAAAGGUGUUCGCCCUGGCUGAGAGUCUGGGGGGCUACGAGAGCCUGGCAGAGCACCCGGCCAUCAUGACCCAUGCCUCAGUGCCCCAGGAGGACAGGGAAGCUCUUGGCAUCACUGACACGUUGAUUCGCCUCUCUGUGGGUUUGGAGGAUGAGGAGGAUUUACUGGCUGACCUGGACCAGGCCCUGAAGGCUGCGUUUGCAUAAGCCUUGAGACUUAAAGAAGGAACUUGGAAUUGGAUGUUGCAAAGACUAUGGAAGAGAACAUGGAAAACCAAAUUGCUCCUUUGAUUUGCCUUUAGAAUUUCAGUCUGGAUUCCUGGGGAGUCUCCCAGGUGCUGUUAGGUUGGUUCUGCUGCUGCCUGGCUGUGCAUGGACCGUGUGUGGCACAGCCUGGGCUCUCUUGUGGGUCAAGGUCUGUUGUCGGGAAAUCCGUUGGGAUUUCUGGAGUCAGUAAUUGUGUGUGAGAGCAGCCAUGGGCUCACUCAGGAAUGUUAUCCCAGAGGUCAGUGUUUACUCUGGUGGUUUGAGGUCACAGGGGGGUGGUUCCUGAUGCUGCUGGUGGGAUGCACAGUUCAUUCUUUUCUACUCUUUCAACCCAACAGCCCAGCUUAAAAACCUGAUUGGCCUUAGAUUUAUUUUAAUUAGGUUGGAAAUGUGCUUUAAAGCUUUUGUCCUCUGGAUUUUUUAAUGCAGAAUUGAAAAUGAAGCUUCGGAAAUGGUAAAUAAUAGCUUUCUAAUAGCUGUUAGCUAUGGGAAUGAUUGGGACAAUUUUAAUUAAAAUAUGCUUUGAAUUUC